AUGGCACCCAAGAAAAUGGAAUCAGCUGAAGCCAAGAAGAAGCUGGCUUCAUUUGUUCAACAAGUCAUCCUACUCAACAACACGUUGACUUUCGAUGUCUUGCGUGAGUUCGACGAAGCUGCACUGGAGGUACGUAUCGAGCAAGUGGAUAGGCUGGCUCUGCUAGAUUCUACGUCACAAUUAAACUUUAUAACCAAUCGAUUCGCUAAUCAACUACAACUAAAGAAGGUCAAAUCUUCACAGUUCAUUUCUGGUAUAGGCCAAAAUGAUUUCGUUGCCAAUCAUAUCGCUAAUUUCGACCUGCAUUCGCGCAUUAACGAUUACAUUGCCAAAUUGUCUGCGGUUAUUACCCCCACCAUCACCGAUGUUCAACCAUCUCGUUCUUUAAAGGAUAUUAAUUGGAAUAUACCACAAAACAUAUCCUUAGCAGACCCACACUUUUUCGAACCGCAGCGCGUUAAUAUGCUCAUUGGAGCUAGUUUAUUCUUUGACCUGCUCUGCGUUGGCCAGAUACGCCUGGCUAAAAAUUUACCACUUCUACAAAAAACAAAGCUAGGGUGGGUUGUAUCAGGCGCAACAACAUACAACAUUUCGAAGCUAUCUUGCUUAGCAGCCAUCGACAUGGCUCUAGCAAAUGACUCAGAUGACGACUUACAUAACCUAGUUCAGCGCUUUUGGGAAAUAGAGAACUGUAUUGGCUCCACACCAAAAACUACAAUAGAGGAGGAUUUGUGCGAAGAGCAUUUCAUAAAAACCCAUAAGCGAUUGGAAUCUGGUGAGUUUUCGGUUCGAUUACCAACAAAAUCACCUUCUUGCGAACUAGGAGAGCCGUAUCAACAGGCUGUCAAUCGAUUCAAGGCUUUAGAGCGGAAAUUUCAGCGCAAUGCUAAACUAAAACAACAAUAUUCGUCAUUCAUUAAGGAGUAUUUUGAUUUGAACCAUAUGUCAGUCGUUGACACUAUGCCAAAGAAUAUUCCAAUGAAUUUUAUGCCACAUCACUGUGUUUUAAAGGCUGAUAGUACAACAACAAAACUGCGUGUGGUUUUUGAUGGCUCUGCGCCAACCAGCAAUGGACUUUCGUUGAAUUCGAUUCUGAUGAAAGGACCAACCAUUCAACCUCCACUUUUUGACAUUUUGCUUCGAUUUCGCACCUUCAAAAUUGCUCUUACUGCAGACAUUUGUAAAAUGUAUCGCUGUGUAAGGAUGUCUGAUCCAGACAACUUCCUGCAGUGCAUAAUAUUGAGGGACAAACCCAAUGAAGAUUUUCGCAUUUUUAAGUUAGAUACCGUCACCUUUGGAACGAAGCCAGCUCUUCUAGCCAUUCGUGCAAUGCAGCAGCUUGGCCGCGAUGAAGCUCAUGUUUAUCCCGUUGAAGCCGAAACGAUACACCAUGGAUUUUAUGUGGAUGACAUGAUUACCGGUGCAGGCUCGUUGGGCGAAGCAAAGAUGAUAUUAAAUGAGACUAAAAAGUGUUUAUCUCUCGGAAACUUUCACUUGAGGAAAUGGUGUUCGAAUGAUGAUCGAGUCUUGAUGGAUAUUGAGGAUAUUGACAAACAGGACUUCUUAACCUUCGACGACGGUACAAGCAUAACAAAGACACUUGGAUUGGUUUGGGAUCCAAAGUUGGACGUAUUCAUAUUUUCCUUUUCACCCUUCGGAACACCGGCUAAGGUAACUAUACGCACAAUCCUUUCGGCUAUAGCCAGGCUUUACGAUCCCCUUGGUUUGGUCGGACCUGUGGCGGCAAAAGCCAAAAUAUUCUUGCAGCAUUUGUGGAAAGAGAAGCUACAUUAG